UUCUACAGCUCUCAAAGACUCAAACCAUGAUGUUCCUUGGAGAAUCUUGGGUCUUAAUUGUAGCUUUAAGACUCGUGCCGGAAAACGAUACGUCCCCGUUUCGACAAGUGUAAUAUAAGUAAAUAACCGAGGGCAUAUCGGUCAUAUCCGCUAAUAAGCAAUUUAUGGUUCUUCGCUUCUCCUCCUCCUUCGCUCUCUCAAGCCCCCACUCUCCGUUGACUACUGACACUCGCCGUCUUCAUCUUCCCUCAAUGAUGGUCGGUGGUCUACUACGCUUCCUAGUUUCUCUACUCGCCGUAGCAAUUUGCAAUGCGGCUUCGAUUUCUCAGCCGAUUUCAGAAUCUCACAGAUCCGCGGCUCUCGACUUUGCGUUGUGUAAGUCUGAUUUAAGCUCAGCCACGUGUGAGAAUGUGGUUAAAGUUCUAGCGUCGCCUUCUUCUGCUUUGAGAGUUAAUGGGAUUCUUAAAUGCAAUCUGGAGAAGAUGUUCCUAAGGACAUUGUCUGUCUCUAAACUUCAAGCUCGCGCUAAGGAUGCCAAGUUAUUGCUUGACUUCUACUAUUCUGUCAGAGGCUUAGUGCUUGUCAAGGAGCAAUUUUCUGGAACUGAUCUAAGUCUUGCUGAUGCCGAAGCCAUUUUCCCUUCAAUAAAGGCUCUCAGCCAGAGUGAUGGAAGAUGGCGCUACAGCUCCAACAAUCCGGAAUCAAGCACCUUUGGUGCUGGCUUAGCAUUCGAAACUCUUGCUGGAGUGAUUUCAUUAGCACCUUCAGGGAUUGAUCAGUCAAUGGUAAGAGAGAUCUUUGAUCCAGACACUGAGACGGGUAUCUUGAAGCUUUUUGACAGAAUCCAAAAAUAUGACGAUGGGACAUUUUACUUCGAUGAUAGUGAAGGCCCGAUCUCAACAACUGCAUCAGUAAUUAGAGGGCUCACGUCAUUUUCAGCUUCAGAAUCCACAGGAUUGAACCUUCCAGGUGAUAAGAUAGUUGGUUUGGCCAAGUUCUUUCUUGGUGUCGGAAUUCCUGGAGAUGCCAAGGAUUUCUUCAACCAAAUAGAUGCACUAGCUUGUUUGGAAGAUAACAGGCAAUGCUACUUUCUUGCUCUCUUUAUGCAAUUUCUCUUUGUUUUAUUUCAGUUCUCUGUUCCACUCAUCUUGUCUCUUCCAUCUACUGUCAUUUCAUUGACAAAGAAAGAGCUUCUGAAGGUUAAAGUUAGCACUGUACUCGGUUCUAAGGCACCAGCUCUUAGUGUGAAGGUCGCAGAAGCGCUAAAUUCAAAGGGCUCUAAGUUUGACGCUGACAGUGCAACGUACUUCUUGGACUCCUUUCCCAAGAACCUUGAUGUUGGGAAGUAUACAUUUGUAUUUGAGAUUUUGCUUGAUGAGUCGGCAAAUGAAAAAGCUUACGUAACUGAAGCUCAAACAAAAGUGCCUAUAGCCGCCACAGGAGCUAUUAGCAUUGAGAACGCAGAAAACUGCUAUUUAACUAAAGAUGAGGCAGUAUCAUUAUCAGCAAACCAUCUCCAAAAGCUACGUCUGUCAUUCCAGUUAACUACUCCACUUGGCCUUGUUUUUAAGCCACACCAGGCAUUUCUCAAACUGAAACAUGAGUCACAGGAUUUUCUUGGAUUGGUUGAGAAGCUCUACUACCUUUCUGGUAAAUAUGAGAUCCAGCUAACUAUUGGAGAUGCUGACACGGUUGGGAGCGAACAUAAAGAGCUUCCCAUCAUCGAUUGGAGCUGCAAACAUCCGCUCUACUAUUCCACGGCGGCAUCGGAGCUGUUCUGCUUCUCUACGUGCUAUUCUGUUGGAUCUGUUCACGACACUAAAGGCACUUUCUUUGUUGGAGUGUUUCUGUUGUUCGUUGGACACAGCACACUCUCUCACCUCGCAGCAGCAUCGAACAAGUUGAAAUCUGCUUGAAGAAUGUAUUCAACUAUGGUGGAUUCUGUGUUCCAUGGAGCAGUUUUUUUUCUUUCCAGUUUUGUAGCAUUACUUUAAUAUAGAUAAUGGUGAUAG